GCGACCAUCGCCCCUGCGCUUUUAGGUUUGAAGAACGCAGAGAAGCAGCUGAAGCAGUGGGCGAAUCAUGUCGAAGGAGGUUAGCGUGGAGGCCGAGCAACCGCCGGCGAAGGACUACUCGGACCCACCGCCGGCGCCGUUGCUGGACCUGGGCGAGCUGCGCCUCUGGUCCUUCUACCGAGCGCUCAUAGCCGAGUUCGUGGCUACGCUGCUCUUUCUCUACGUCACCAUCGCUACCGUCAUCGGCCACAAGGAGCAGAACGCCGUCAACCAGUGCGACGGUGUUGGCUUGCUCGGCAUCGCUUGGGCCUUCGGCGGCAUGAUCUUCAUUCUCGUCUACUGCACCGCAGGCAUCUCAGGUGGGCACAUCAAUCCGGCGGUGACGUUCGGGCUUUUCCUGGCGCGGAAGGUGUCUCUGGUACGGGCGGUGCUGUACAUAGUGGCGCAGUGCUUGGGCGCCAUCGUCGGGGUGGGCAUCGUGAAGGGGAUCAUGAAGCACCCCUACAACUCGCUGGGCGGCGGGGCGAACCAGGUUAACUCCGGCUACUCUAGAGGCACGGCUCUCGGCGCCGAGAUCAUCGGUACCUUCGUCCUCGUCUACACCGUCUUCUCUGCCACCGACCCCAAGCGCAGCGCCCGCGACUCCCACGUCCCCGUACUGGCGCCGCUCCCCAUCGGCUUCGCUGUCUUCAUGGUGCACCUCGCCACCAUCCCCAUCACGGGAACCGGCAUCAACCCCGCCCGGAGCCUCGGUCCCGCCGUCAUUUAUAACCAGGACAAAGCCUGGGAUGAUCAGUGGAUCUUCUGGGUGGGUCCGCUGGUCGGAGCCCUGGCGGCGGCGGCGUACCACCAGUACAUCCUCCGGGCAGCUGCCAUCAAGGCCCUGGGAUCCUUCCGGAGCAACCCCACCAACUAAGUCUCGAAAGCCUUGGUCUUUCUUGUUUGCUUUCAUAACUCGUGUGUGUGAGGGAGAGGACCGGUCUCCGUUCCCUUAUUUCAUUCUGUCUCUGUUUCCUAUCCCUUUUCUUCUGCUUCUUCUUCUGGCUUCUUCUUCUUCGUCUGGUUCCUUGUCCUGUGUAAAUCUGUAACGUUUGUUAACUCAACUGGGAGCUCAUUAUGGAUGGUUCAUGGUUGAUGGUUA